AGGUACCGCUGGCAUUGCUCUGUUUGGUUACCAAUCCUGCUCCCACGUAGUGCGCUUCUUUUUUCCUUGUGCAUUUUCGAUAGUUGAUAAACAAGUUUGAGUUGGAAAGAAGCCGUUUCGACGUCUGUUAGAUAUAAGAAGCACCGUGCUAUCGCCGUAACGCAGAGUUUGCGCACUGUUAUCUUCACUUGCGCAAUUACUCCUGCUCUACAUAGGUAGCUUCACUGUGAGGUUCCGUUCUCUUUUGCAGGGCGCAUUCCGUUAGUAAUACCGGUGGGGACAUUGCUGGACGUUUCCGUGUUUUCACUCAUCCGGGUCCUUUUAAAUCAUUGUUAAUGAGACCUCGGUGUACAAACCGACAAUGGGCUUUCAUGCUGCCCAGUGACCGCACUUUGCGGGAUCGAUAUUUGCGCGCGAAAAGGCGUAUCGGACAAAUUGAUCAAAGGGUUUGUCCUGUGGAGCGUACACAAAAUGAGAUCUCAAAUCGUACAAUAUGUGAACCGUUGCCAUACACCGAAGCAACAGGGCGUUUGCGCACUAAUGACAUGCAGUUACAGAAUGCGGUAGCGCAGCGGAGUACAAUGGCAGUGCCAACCAUUGCUAGUGGUGUAUUGGUUUCAUCAUCAGAAUUGGAAGCGGAGCAAGCACUUAGCUGCAGGGACGCGGAUCGCAUUGGCACCACUGAUGUCAUGGAAGACUUAAGACAAUGGGUGCGAAGCACACGACCCAGCAUUUCUUCCGUGAACAAGUUGCUUGCGGCCCUUCGCAGGAGCAUGCCUUGGAUACCGAAAGAUUACCGAACGCUUAUGAGAACUCCAAGGAAUGCGCAGACCAUUAGCAUUGGUGCCGGUGCAUAUGGACACAUUGGGCUGCUGCGUGGUCUACGCAGUAUCUACCAGGAUGGUGACAUACAGCCGCCGGAAAGGGUUGUUGUCCAGCUGCACAUAGAUGCUUUCACCCCGUUCAACUCCUCGAAAAUGCAGAUCUGGCCGAUUCAGUGUCGAUCUAUUUACCCCGUGAAGUCAAAACCAUUUGUUGUCGGUGUUUACGGUGGUCCUGAGAAACCCGAUGUGAUUGAAUUUCUAACUCCCCUGAUACGUGAUUUGCAGGUGCUGCUGUCAACGGGUUUCACGCUUGCUGCAUGCUCCAGGCCCACAUCUGUUGAAUUAGGGGCUGUUAUAUGCGACGCGCCUGCUCGAGCAUAUGUGAAGAGGACCAAGGGGCACUCAGGGUACAGCAGUUGCGGCAAAUGCAUUCAGAAAGGUACUUAUGUCAACCGGAAGGUUACCUUCCCAUCUACUACAUGCCGCCUUAGGUCGCAUAAAUCGGUUAUGAAAAGGAAGCGAUCUUUGAUGUCCCCUUUUGAAUACCUCGGUAUUGAUAUGGUUUCGAAAUUUCCCAUUGACUACAUGCAUUGCGUGUGCUUAGGAGUGGUGCGACGCAUAAUCGGUUUAUGGAUAGAGGCACCGACAUGGAAGAAAGUAAAAUUGCCUAAUGAUACAUUGCGUGCAAUAGAUCACUUAUUGCUACAAAAUACGACUGCAUGGCCAUGUGAUUUUCCUAGGCGUUGCAGAGGUAUAUCUAUGUUUAAAGGUUGGAAAGCCGUUGAAUUUAGGCAGUUUGUUUUAUACGCCGCGCCUGCAAUGUUGAUAAACGUGCUACCGGGAGAUUAUUACGACAACUUUUUACACCUUCAUCUGGGAAUAUACAUCUUCUGUCACCCGCUGUUGCAUAGGCAUUACUGGUCUUUCGCGAAACGGUUGCUGCUUAAUUUCAUACACGGGUACUACCGCCUGUACGGGAAAGACCAGAUGACGUACAAUGUUCACUGCCUAAGUCACCUAGCAUUGGAUGUGGAAGUGCAUGGAACCCUUGAUGAUUUCUCCGCAUUUCCAUUCGAGUCUUACAUAGGCGUCCUGAAGCGAGUAGUGCGGAACGCACGAAAUCCCGCGGCGCAGAUUGUGAGACGGUGCUUGGAAUAUGCGGACGUCUCCAAUUUCUCGCCUUGGCCUGAAUCUCAGCUUACUCGCAUACAACAUCGUGCAUUAACACGUCGUGAACUGUUGAUACUGGAUGGUACAACGUACGCAUGCAGCGCACCUGAUAACGUUAUCAUCGUAUCUGAUUACCCGUAUUGCAUUGUCCGGUUUGACCAUAUGGGCUCAGAAUGUGAGACCAUUGUUUGUAAACCUUUCACAGGCGUGCAUGCGUUGUACCAUCUCCAGAUACCUUCUUCCGUUUGCAACAUAUUUGCAGCCUCAGGCAUCAGCGAUGAUCUCAAAUCAUUCCGUGUGGGUGAUAUACUUUGCAAAUGUGUAUGCUUCUCUGUUGAUGACUUCUUAGCUAUUGUUCCCCUGUUGCACACCUUUAGAACUCCGGAUGGUAAUACGUGAAGCAUUGUGCAUGUUCAGGGUCCCUAAAUGUUCCUUUUCACUUUGAUCUACUUGUGUUUUAUUUUAUUCAUUUCCUGACUAGUUAUUUUAAUGGCUAUGCUUAUUUUUUAUUUCCUUGGACUGAUUUUUAAUUUCUUAUUUACCUGAUGACUGGGGAUUCUUUCUCAACGGGUUGCACUUAUCCUGUUAUACGAGGUCCCUUAAUACCUCUUCAUGGAGUAUGGUCGCGGGGCGUCCAUCAGACACAUGUAUUCACUUCACCUAAUGAGGGACAGUACAUCCUCAUACGGUGGUUCCAUAUCAAUACUGUUUUGGGCAAGCGUGGAUGAUGCGGUACGAAGCAACAUUGGAACGGGGGUACAAGAUCGUAACUGUAUUCGGCCGAUAGGCAUAUGAAGGGCUGUUAACAGGGUGAAUACGUCUAUGUGCAGCAGAAUGGCAAACCACAGGGCGGUGAAUGCACUGUUACUGGCAAAGAUCUGCGUUGACAAGCACUCGACAAACGAUGUAAAACAAUAUGAACAACAUGGAAUGGCGUUUACCAGCACCGACGCAGGUUUUCAAUGGCGAUGCAUUCAAGGGCACACCUUUUCAGGAGACCGCACAGGUGUUUCGGAGUGGGGGUUCAUGUACAGACAAUAUUUAUUAAUUAAAAGUUUCGUUGCUAUU